UAAAUCGGAUUUAAAAGGAGGUGGCACGAAGAAAUGGGUGCCGUCUGGAGCACCGAGGACGAAAGGGAGCCGCUGUUGGGCCCUUCACCGGCGGGCAGUGUUCCGGGAAACAGCAGAGUGUACGGCAGACGGUGGCUGGUUCUCAUCCUCUUCUCACUGCUGGGACUCCUCCAGGGGAUGAUCUGGAACUUCUGGGGUCCCAUUCAGAACUCCGCCCUCCACGCGUUCGGCUUCUCUAAGUCUGACAUCGCCCUUCUGGUUCUGUGGGGUCCUGUGGGCUACAUCCCGUGGCUGCUGUUCAUAUGGCUCAUGGAUAAAAAAGGUCUACGGGCAUCUCUCCUUUUUUCGGCGUUCUUCAUGUUGCUCGGAGCUGCUCUCCGGUGUUUGCCGCUGCCACAACAGCCUCUCAGGCGAUGGUUCAUACAUGGAGGUCAGUUGUUGAAUGGUUUAGCUGGUCCAACCAUAAUGAGUGCUGGCCCUCUUCUUUCCACCACAUGGUUUGCUCCUGAUCAGAGAGCCACCGCCACCGCCCUGGCCACGCUCUUUAGCUACCUGGGGGCUGCAGCUUCAUUUGUCGUGGGACCUCUAAUUGUGCCCGCUCCCAACGGCACCCUGGCAGGCGCUCUGGUGGCAGCACCGAUUUCUGGAAGCUACAUCCGAGACAGGAUCGAGCUGGUUAUGUAUGCAGAGUUUGCUGCAGUUGUUUUGCUUUUUGUUGCCAUCCUGCUCUGUUUCCCAUCACGCCCACCGAUGCCUCCCAGUGUGGCUGCUGCAAGCCAGAGGCUCAGUUACAGGAGCAGCAUCUGCAGACUUCUUAGUAACAUGCGGUUCCUGAUGAUAGCCCUGGCCUAUGCAGUCCCCACAGGAGUGCUUGCUGGAUGGUCUGGAGUCCUGGACAUGAUCCUUACACCUGUUAAUAUUAGCCAGGUGGAUGCAGGCUGGAUUGGAUUCUGGUCAGUUGUGGGCGGCUGUGUGUUUGGAGUGGCAAUGGCCCGGUUUGCAGACUCCAUUCGUGGAAUGUUGAAGCUGAUCCUGCUGCUAAUGCUGACAGGUGCCUCGCUGUCCUCCACCUGGUUCACUCUCACCUGUCUCAACAGUGUUACUCACCUCCCCUCCACUGCAGCUGUCCUCUAUGCUUCCUGCAUCCUGGUUGGUAUUUUCAUCAACAGCAGUGUGCCAAUAUUCCUGGAACUCUUCAUUGAGACCGUGUACCCAGUUCCUGAAGGCAUCACGUGUGGCGUGGUCACAUUCCUGGGCAACCUAGUUACCGGCCUGCUGCUCUUCUUCCUCACCUUCUACUGUACAGAUGUGUCCUGGCUCAACUGGUGUCUGAUGGGGUCCUGCCUCCUCAGCCUGCUCCUCAUCCUCUUCUUCAGGGAAUCCUAUGAUCGCCUCUACCUGGAUGUCUUUGUGUCUGUGUGACCUCA